AUGGCUGAUGCAUCAGAAUCUCAGAUCAAAGAGGACAAGGAUGACACUAAUGUACAACCUCCUAAUAGUCCCCGUCAUCGAGAGGUUCUUGGUAGACGGGAUCCAGCUAAAGCGCGUAGGCCAGUCAUUGAAAACGCUCCAGUAUUCCGCCCUACAUCAGAGGAGUUUGAAGAUACACUUGCUUACAUAGCAAGUAUACGUCACUUAGCUGAACCAUACGGUAUUUGCCGUAUCGUACCACCCUUGAACUGGUCUCCUUCUUUUCGGCUUAAAGAGAAAAGUAUAUGGGAGGAUGCAAAGUUCCCUACCCGGGUUCAGAACAUGGAGCUGCUCCAGAACAGAGAGCCCAUGAAUCAGAAGAAGAAGAUACCUAAGGGAAGGAAACGCAAACGAGGAUCCUCAAGAAUCGGUUCCUCCAAGAAGAGCCGACCUAGCUCUGCUUCUACUUCUGCUUCAGCUUCAGCUUCUGCUUCUGCUUCUGCUUCAUCUCCCGCGGAAGAAGAGAAGUUUGGUUUCAUCUCUGGACCAGACUUCACUCUUGAGGACUUUGAGAAGUAUGAUCGGGGUUUCAAGAACUCCUAUUUCGAGAGAAAAGGAGGAAAUGCGUCUCCAUCCAUCGAAGAGAUCGAAAAAGAAUAUUGGCGGAUAGUCGAGCACGCAGCACACCCUGAAGAAGUCGAGGUAUAUUAUGGAGCUGACUUAGAGAAGAAGGUUCUUGGAAGCGGAUUCGAGGAUGGAGAAGCCUCUGGUUGGAACCUUAACAACUUACCUCGUCUCUCCGGCUCUUUACUCCCAUUCGAGCGUAAAGACAUCUCCGGCGUUCUCGUGCCAUGGGUCUACGUUGGGAUGUGUUUUUCAUCUUUUUGCUGGCAUGUGGAGGACCACCACUUAUACUCAAUAAACUAUAAUCACUUUGGCGAGCCGAAAGUGUGGUACGGAGUUCCUGAAAGCCAUGCAACCGCACUAGAGAAGGCCAUGAGGAAACACUUACCAGAUCUUUUCGAGGAAACACCUGGUCUACUCCAUGAAAUUGUCACUCAGUUUUCACCGUCCGUUUUGCAAAAAGAGGGAGUCAAGGUUUGUCGUGCGGUUCAGCGUGCAGGGGAGUUUGUUCUCACGUUCCCUAGGGCGUAUCACGCUGGUUUCAACGCCGGUUUCAACUGCGCGGAAGCUGUGAACGUCGCUACGGUUGACUGGCUAUCUCACGGACAGAACGCUGUGGAGUUAUUGAGUGGUGAGAACAAGAAAACGUCUGUGUCUCACGACAAGCUUCUCCUUGGAGCGGCUUAUGAAGCUGUUAGGUUCAUCUCGGCUGGUUGGGGGUAUGGUAGAGAGAGCGUGGGAUGGAGAGUUUUCAGCGAGAAGAAUAUGACUCUUACUAAGGCGGUGGAGACUCGUUUGCGUAUGGAGGAAGGAAGGAUCGGUGCUCUUGGAAGCGGUCUCAGAUUGGUGAAGAUGGACAAGGACUUUGAUUCGAACUGCGAGAGGGAAUGCUUUAAGUGCUCUUAUGACUUGCAUCUCACGGCAGCUUGCUGUGACAGAUGCUCUCCUGGAGUGUAUGCGUGCACUAAGCACGCGAACGAGCUUUGUUCGUGUGAAGGGGACGAUAGGUUCGUACUUCUUCGUUACACCAUGGACGAGUUGAGAUCGUUGGUUAGAGCAUUGGAAGGUGAGAAGGAGGAUCUAAAGACUUGGCUUUCCAUGGUUAGAGAAGAUUGUUCAGAGACUAAGGAGACAGGAGAACCUAGGGGUUUUGAUCUGAACCGUGAGCUUCUACUGGAUGAUAUCGAGUUUGAUGAUACUUCUGACACACGCAUUGGUUUAUCCAUGAUGAACUUUGCUGCCUAUGUGGAGACUAUAAACCUAGGGUUCUUGGUUUUCGGAGAGCUUUGGUGUAACAAGCAUGCAAUAUUUCCAAGAGGGUUCAAGAGUAGGGUUAAAUUCUAUAACCUGAAAGAUCCAACGAGAAUGAGCUAUUACAUAUCUGAGGUUCUAGAAUUCGUGGGUCCGUUAUUCAGGGUUACUCUAGAAGAAUCUCAAGACGAGGGCUUCUAUGCUUUCUCAGCUCAGGCAUGCUGGGAAAUGGUGUUGCAGAAAGUUAACGAAGAGAUCAAGAAGCGCCAAGAACGUAAUGUUCAUACUUUGGAAAGCAUCAGCGGGUUACAAAUGUUUGGUUUUCUCUCCCCGUAUACAAUUGAGGUAAAAAUAUAUAACAUUAUGGAAUAUGAAAUUAUAACAUGACUAGUGUCAUCUUUAUUUUCCAGCGCAUUGAGGCUCUUGAUCCGAACCAUCUCCUAGUGGAGUACUGGAACCAUGGAAACUGAGAGGUUCGUUAGAAGUGAACUUGAAGAAGAGAUAGAGAUCACCAACCGUUUCUUCUUUUAUUGAUAAACUGUUUGUUGUUGGCUUAUUGAAUUUCUAGACUUAUAUUAUUUGCUCUGAUGAUGAUCAAGCUUCUCAUGAACAAAGUCUAACUUUAGUUUUAGAACUUUGAAGCGUUUUCUCUUUGGAGAUCUGAUCAUUGUGAA